AUGGCCUCAAGCGUAGACGAAAGCACGAUUCCCUCAUACUACUAUUACGUGGAUCCAGAAACAACGUACACGUAUCAACAGCCAAACCCUCUACAGGACUUGAUAUCGGUGUACGGCCUGGACGACAUCUCCAGACAAGUGGCAAGAACGAACGUGGACGGCACGAAAGCCGUGAAACUGAGAAAGUCUUACAAGAACCAAAUAGCCGAUCUUUCAGGAAAAUUCUCCACCAUACCGACCAGAGAAAAUGGCAAGGGUGGCCAAAUAGCACAUAUUCUUUUCCAAAAUAACCCUGACAUGAUGAUACAACCAUCCCAGCAGGGGCCGGGUCAAAACAUGUCAGAACAGCAGUGGAGCGAGCAGCUGCGCAAUAGGGACAUCGCAUUAUUCCAGCCUCCAAAUUUCGAUUGGGACCUUUGCUCUUCAGUGCUGUCGCAGUUUGAAAGGUCAUAUCCAAGCGAGUUUGCGAACCAGGCUCAGGGUGGCGCUCAAGCGCCUUUCGACAUAGAUGACUUGGCAUUCGAUCUGGACGGUACGGGCAAAAGUCAAUCGGGUUCAACUGCGAACGCCAAUAACAAGAAAAGGAAAAACAAAUCUAGCGGUAGCUCGAUGGCUACACCAACACAUAGCGAUAGUCACGAUGACAUGAAAAGAAGAAGGCUGGAGUAG